AUUAAGAUAUUAGAUCAACAACUAAAUUGCCUGUAAAAAUGAUUAUCCCACAAUUUAACAUAGAAUUAGAAUGCUGUUGAACAGAAAUAGGCAGAGCGGUGUUUUCAACUCACAUGGACACUUAAAAUACCCAACUAAAUGUACUGAAUAUCGGAAUUCAAUGGAGGAGCAGAAGAAGUCAAGUAGGGAAAAAGAUUAGCACCCAGGCCGAUGCUAUGCUGGGAAUUCUGUAGUCUAUUAUUUUUAUUUAAUUUUGAGAUUCUCUGGGCAUACAUUGGGGAAAAAAUGUAUGUAUUUCGUAAGUUAGUAAUUAAUUGAGACCAAUUUGAAUAAUUUUAUAGAACGAUUUUGUGUUCUUUGAGAAUCAUGCUAUAUAAUACAAUACAAGUGUUCUAACUAUUUUUAAAAUUUAUAUUUAUUAUUGACUAAAAUAAUUUUAUUCAAAGUCAUUAUCUGAAAAAAGUUGGAAAGGAAAUUCGACAUUAUAGUAGUUUUUCUACCAGUGUGUUGACAACACAGAAUACUGUAGUAAUCAUUUGUAUGUGUUUCUGACCGCCAUUGCUUUUUUACCGAUGUAAAUCUUGAAAUGAUUGUAAUCCGUUUUCAUCGACAAAUUUGUGUGAUGUUUUAACAAAACAUUUAAGUGAUUGUGUACUAAAACUAUCGAACUACUUAAAGUUUUUGUGCUGGGCUUUGUCAUGGCCGGCAAUGGUGGGGAGACGACGUGGUGUUUUAGUCAGGUGAAAGGCACCCUCGAGGAUGACGUGACGGAGGCCGACCUGAUAUCCUGUGUAGAGUUCAACCACGACGGCGAACUGCUGGCCACCGGCGAUAAGGGCGGCAGAGUUGUUAUAUUUCAGAGAGAUCCAGCAUCAAAGCAGUGUGUACCCAAAAAAGGAGAAUACAACGUUUAUUCGACGUUUCAAUCCCACGAACCAGAGUUCGAUUACCUGAAGUCCCUCGAGAUCGAAGAGAAAAUCAACAAGAUCAGGUGGCUGAAGAGGAAGAAUCAGGCCCAUUUCUUACUGUCCACCAACGAUAAGACUAUUAAAUUAUGGAAGGUUUCGGAAAGAGACAAGCGCGUUACCGGAUACAACACGCGCGAGGAGGGAGGGCGGCCGCGCGACCCCACGCGGAUCACCUCCCUGCGCGUGCCCACCGUCAGGCCGGCCGAACUCAUGGUAGAAGCCUCACCCAGACGGAUAUUCGCGAACGCUCAUACGUAUCACAUAAACUCGAUCUCUUUAAAUUCUGAUCAAGAGACGUACCUGUCGGCGGACGAUCUGCGCAUUAACCUGUGGCACCUCGAGAUCACAGAUCAGAGCUUUAACAUUGUCGACAUCAAACCCGCCAAUAUGGAGGAACUCACCGAGGUAAUAACGGCUGCCGAGUUCCACCCGACUGAAUGCAAUCUCUUUGUAUAUUCUAGUAGUAAGGGCACCAUCCGGCUGUGCGACAUGCGCGCGGCGGCGCUGUGCGAUCGGCACGCCAAGCUUUUCGAGGAGCCCGAGGACCCGCACGCACGCUCCUUUUUCUCGGAGAUCAUCUCCUCCAUUAGUGACGUCAAACUUAGCAAUUCCGGACGGUACAUGAUGUCACGAGACUAUUUAGGUUUAAAAGUAUGGGAUCUCCGUAUGGAAACGAAACCUGUAGAAACGUAUCCCGUACAUGAGUAUCUACGUUCAAAGUUAUGUUCGUUAUACGAGAACGAUUGUAUCUUUGAUAAGUUCGAGUGCUGUUGGAGUGGGGAAGACCAGAGGCUGAUGACCGGCUCCUACAAUGGAUUCUUUAGGAUAUUCGAGCGCGGGUGCGGCGCGGGCCGGCGCGGCGAGCUGACGCUGGAGGCGUGCCGCGACGCCGCGCAGAGGCCGCGCCAGCCGCUGCGGGCGAGGCGCGUCGCCGCCUCCGCCAAGAGGAAGAAGGACGAAAUAAGUGUAGACUGUCUAGACUUCACUAAGAAAAUACUUCACACUGCGUGGCAUCCACACGAGAGCAUCAUCGCGGUGGCGGCCACCAACAACUUGUUCAUAUUCCAAGACAAGUUCUAGCAGCCCUUUAAACGCUUAGCUCAAGCCCUGCGGAUGCCCUGUAAGUCUACACUGGCCUUGAAUAGCAUUGCACAUGUGACAAUAUCCACCUUUGGGCCUAUUCUAGUCCACUCCGGGAUAAUUAUUAGUGAAAACGCCUGAUGCCAAUGUACGUUUAAAUUUUAGAAAAGCAUUGUUACAAUAGUGUACCAGGAAUCCAUGCUAUUCGAAAACGGAUUUAACAAUGUAUACAAAUAUCGUUUCAAGCUAAGCGCUUAAUUUAGCUUCUGGUAUGUGAUAAGUAUUUUAACGAGGAAUAGUGUAAACUGCGAAUCGGUUUUUAAAUCUCGAAAAUGAUUUAAGCUUUGUCAUUUUCAACAACGCUGUUUCCACUGUGACGUCCAUUCCGCCCGCUGUUAUUACUUAUAUACAUUACUGUGAACACUUGUAUUGUAUAAACGCAAUGCCUUAGUUACAGAGGCCAGUGUCAUUAAUGUCGAGUUAUAAAAUAAUUAUGGUGGUUGUCGAUGAAACUUUAUAAUUAAUUGCAAAUGUCUAUUUAUGAGAACCUUUCAAAAUAUAAGCUUUUUUAAAAAUACGUUUACAUUUGACAUUUGAAGAAUAAACCAUGAACUGUGAAUUGUCGGUAAUCACAAUGAAAGUGUUGUGCCGUUGUGUUUAAUUUUGUUGAAAUGUAUUGAAUCAUUCAAAGUCCAAUGUUUCUUUUAAACCUGAUUCGGUAAAGCUAUCUAAGUAAUUGAAUUUGCUAGAAUUAAUUGUAUAACUUGUAACGUAAUGCUAGUCCUAGUCUAUUGUUUUCAUAAAAUACAAUUGUGAUUUGAAUGUUUACCUCACAACGUUUUUAUCGGCAGCCACCAUAACUGUUGCAGUGUAGAUAUAUUGUGUGUGCUUAUUGAUAUUUACAAAAACUACACGAUUGUAUUUAUUCUUUUUUCCGUGAUUGCAAAACAUUAACAAUUGAAGAUAAGAAUGUUGACAUUCUUUUGUUAAGUAAAGUUAUUUAAAUAGAAAAUUGUGAACAAACUUAAUACCAGAUUGAAAGUCUAAUGAUCAGGAUGACUUUUCAGUUUAAAAAAAUUAGUAUAGCCUUGAAAUGUUUUCCCUGUCAAUUAGUAUUAAAAGAGUAAUAUGGUACAAAUAAGCAAUAAUGUGCUUUAAAUAUAUAUUAAUGCAAUAUCUAACUAUAUAAUCAUCGGAUGUAUUGCAGUAUCGCGUGCACACAAUAUAUCGAUACAAUGUAGGAAGUAAGUCAAUAAAAAAAAAAACUUCUGAUAUAAUUUAUACGCUUUUCAUACUUCAUACAUAAGGUUCUAAGCGAAUAAUUAAGUAUUUAUUAUGAGAAACAUACAAUAUAAGGUGACACGUUGACCUUAUUUAUAUGAGAUUAGUUAGGAAUAUAUCAAAUGGUGUCGAUAUUACAACUAAAAAUACAGGCAGACAUUUGUAAUGUGUGAAACACUAAAAACAUUUCUAGUGUGCAAAGAAUAAUGUACCUUAAUAGUUUGGAAUACAAAUUGUUUUAAUAUGAUGUGGAAUAAGUCGAUAACAUUAUGUUUGUUGAGAUGCAGGUAUCUUACUCUUUAUACAUCACAUAAAUGUUGAAAUUCACUUGAAUUUUACUGGUGGUAGGACCUCUUGUGAGUCCGCGCGGGUAGGUACCACCGCCCUGCCUAUUUCUGCCGUGAAGCAGUAAU